AUGCAACUUCUUGCCACAGGAUUAUUAGGAUACAUCAUCCCUUUACUAUGUCUUCUCGGCCUAUGCCACGCCAUUGAGCCCACCACUGACUGCCCCAGCGAUGGCGACCCCUGCCUCCAAGGCGUUACCGACCCCUAUUGGGGUCCAGCGUUCACAGACAGAACAGCCAAUGCCAAAGCAGAUUGUUCGAGGUUUCAGGAAGAUACCCUCUACGGCCACACAGCCCGGACCCGGGUCAAAACAUUGACCCUAACCGUCCGACCUACCAUCACCACCACCACUGCUUUGGAGACUUAUUACCCUGAAGACACCAUCACCGCAACCACGGAAACCACAUCUACAGAGAGCUACUCCCCAAAUUACACCCCCUCCACCCCCUUCUCCUACACCCCCUGCGCCUUCGACCCUCUAAACGGGGGGCUCUUCGACCUCCUCGGUCCCAACGGCCAAAUCGUCGUUAAAAGCCGUUAUGACCCCAACGGAAAAGCCGUCGAGUUUCGUGCCGGUGUCAGUGAAGGCGACGGCAACUCCGACUCCGAAAACUUCCCCGGGUAUCGCUUUUAUAGCCCGCCUAAUGCGACAACUAAUGUCUUUGAUAUAAUCAUCCCUGCCGGUCCUGCUACUGGUACCGGUACAGGGAAGGAAAAGACAAAGUAUCUGGCAGUCUUCAGUUCCGGUGCAGUGGGAUUUGUUGAUAGGAGCUCAAACGGCCAAACCUACGUCCCCUCCCCCUCUUCUUCCACUGAUGGUGGUUCGGACGGCGAAGGCGGCCAAUACGUAACAACCAUCUGGUCCGUUCAAUGCAACGGGUUUGCCACGGCUGGCAUCCUCGGUGGGAUCCGGUUUGAUUUUGGGAUUAGAGAUAAUGGGGAGUUGACUGUUGGGUCGUAUCGAGCUGGCCGUCGGGGCAGGAGUCAGAGAAAGGAUAGACGGCAGAGUCCGCUGCAGAGUGUCCCUGGGGGUUUCUGGAUCAUACCGAAAGCUGGGGUUGUUCCUCCGGUGGGGGAUAUACCUUCGGGAGAAGGAGAGGGGGGGGCGUGUAUGGAGCCUGAAGAGAAGGUGAAGAAGGUUGAAAGUGCCUCCAGUCAAUGUGGCUCGGAAGAUUGGAGGGAGUACUUCGUUCCGAAGUUCGAUUUUGAAGAUGAGUGUCGGUUUUUGCAUAAGUGCUGGGCAACCUGCACCCAAACCAUGACCUCCUGCAACGAGGCCUUCCUCUCUCUCCUUCUCGGCACCUGCGACAGUUCCAUCCCCAGCACCAGCUCCUCACCCUCAAACUCGCCCUCCUCACCAUCGACAUUAUCCUCCCCAUCCCCAUCCAAUGGUGGCCUCACCGACACCACCAACCUCACAGCCUGCCACAACCUAGCCCACUUUACGCACUACUACCUCUCCUCCACGCCGCACGCCUUUGCCGUCUAUGCUUCCGUUUACUCUCAAGUCUGUGUUGUUACUGACGACUCCGUCGUUUCGUCCACAUCGUCCACAUCGUCCACCACAUCCAACACCUGCACGCUAUACGGCCCUGACACUCCUCCUACGUCAGGAUCGGGAGAUAGUAACAACAACAACACCAGCACCACCGACAACCCCAACUAUUACUGCUCCGGCACCGUUUCUCACCCAUACAUGACCUCUUGUCCCAUCGGUACCUCCACUUCUCCCACAAAGAAAGGAAGGGAGUAA